AUGUGCACGCAGAAUGGCGUCCAAUGCACUGUUCGAGCCAAACGUUUGCCGCCACUUAAGCUGCAGCAAACCAACGACACGCUUUCCAAGGCAGUCCACGCACUCUACGAGAUGUACAAGCCCUGUACUGUUGGGAGUUAUACCGACGUCACGACGGAAACCAUCCUUCAGCGCCUAGGCUUGAGCGAGCAAACAAGUCCGGAAGGAGGGUUCGUGUCCACCCAGCAAGACAUGGAAUGCACCACCGGUCUAGAGACCUCCCUAGCGAGGGCUCCAGAACCGUCGACGAGCGACUUUGAGGUGGAUGCGAAUGGGAUGCACGUCGAUCUUACGCGUCCUUCGAUGAGCUUGAGUAGCGGGACCUCCUCUUCACCAUGUACAGACCAAUACCGAAGCAGUUCUGCCAUGACACCUACACGAAUGUCUUUCAGCACGGAAAGCUCAUGGGAUUCUGUCGCCACAACAUCCAGUGCAAACAAUAUCGAGGCAUCUAUGUCGUCACUUACCUGUCUGCAAAAGAGUCCUCUUCUGUACAGUCCUGGCUCUGUGAAGAUCGACUCAGCCAUACAUAACGACUUCGACCUGUUCUUUGGGCCCGUGGCGGGACGAAUACCUGCCGGGUCACUCACAGCGAUCGAGGACGAGUUUGGUUUCGACCCACCAACUUGGCGUUCGGCGCCUGGAGCAGGAAGUCGGGUCACCUCAACAAGCGUCUGCGCCGACAUGGGAAGCUACACUCCGCAGACUCUAUGGACACCGCGAUGUCGCCGUACAGAGAAUCCGCAGGACGUUGCGCAAAAUGCACAGCCCACCGCGCAGCCAUCUCCACGAACUCUGCCCAAUCCUCGACGCCGACCAGGCCGCCCGCGCAAUGCCUCACGGCUAGACCGGGACAAACCUGCAAGCGAGGCUGAUAAACGAGAGAUUUUGUUGGAGAAGAACCGGCUAGCAGCGUCGAAGUGCCGCGAAAAGAAAAAGGCAGAGGUGGACGCACUGAAAGAUGCAUCGGCGGCUUCAAAGGAGGAGAAUAGCCUCCUGAAGAAACAGGCGACGGAGCUGCGAGAAGAGAUCCUGCAUCUGCGUGAGGAACUUUUCGCGCAUGUAGUCUGUGUCGAGUACUGUGAGCAAGAGAAGUGGCGAGUUGCCUUGGGGGCGACAGGCCGUGAAAGCAUUUUGGCUAGUUAA